AUGCACUGGCAACGUUAUAAAAGUAGAGGGCUGCUCAGCACAUUUACUGUCCUUCACGCCCAGUUUAAAGAGCAUCUUGUACCAAUGUUAAAAUAUAAGCAGUCUGUGGACGGUUCGAGGCUUCUCCGAACUACCAACACGCCGACCCAGGAUGUCUGCGGCGGGGCAGAACUUGAAAACGCGUUGGAGGGCAGCCCACCCGAGUCCCAACCAUCGAGUAGAGAGCUGACAGAGGAGGAGUUGCUCAUCCAUAGAGUACACACAGAAGCGUGCCAGGCAAAGAAGCAGAUGUAUGUUGACCCUUCCAGUGGGUACAAGGUGUUCACAGAAUAUGCCCACCUUCAGCGGGGGAAAUGCUGUGGCAGUGCUUGCAGACAUUGUCCAUAUGGCCAAGUCAACGUAAAAGACCCUGCAAUGAAGAAAAUGUUUAAUUCUCAAUUUUAUGUAUAG